GUCAGUACUUGGACUGGUGACUGCCUUUGAUCUGUUAUCACUUGUUCCGCAGCCGAUUGGCCUUUCAGCAUAAGUUACAGGAGGGAUUUCCCCCGUGAGGAGAGAAGCCACUUCGUAGGAAGGACAAGCCGGAAUCUAUCAUUCAGCAUGGAUUUCACUGAGAUGUGUGUGGAGAUGGAGAAAGCCCGGCGGUCCACUCACCUAUGCGACUCCUCCCUGCGCCUCUACGAGGGCCUCAUCCAGAGGAUCCAAAGCAGUCACCGCGGGUCCCUCGGAGAGUCCGCAGUGACAUCGCAAUGGCAGCAGGUCAUACAGGAGGUCACUGACGAGUGUGAGAAGGUGAGAGUCUUCGUGGGAACGAUUAACUCCCUCCGGCCAGCAACAGACAUCUUUGCACCUUUUAAAAGUCUGCGUGUCCAGACUGAGGAGGAUCCGGCAGAACAACGGAAUCCUGCUGCAGUGCCGAAGCAGUCCGGCAGUGGAGUGGGGCGUCUCAGGGGUACAGUGAAGAAGUGUUACAGCAGUAAAGUGAAGCGUUUCAGCAGGGCAGCGAAGCCGCAGAGGAAGGACCCCCCAGGCCUGGCUGGUCGAACCGGUCUGAACCAACCUAAACCCAAUGCACGGGACACAAAGGCCACAGAUAAUAAGCUGAAGAAAGUAGCUGGACAAGCACCAGGGGAUGAAAAGCGGAAGAAGUUUGUGGGACACGGGUAUGACAGUGGCCUGGUGGCCUCACUGGAGAGGGAUAUCAUAUCCCAUAACCCUAACGUACACUGGGAGGACGUUGCUGAUCUGGGUGACACAAAGAAGCUGCUGACGGAGGCAGUGGUGUUACCAAUGGUCAUUCCCCAAUAUUUUAAGGGCAUUCGUCAACCCUGGAAGGGUGUGUUAAUGUUCGGCCCCCCAGGGACGGGGAAGACCAUGUUAGCCAAAGCUUUGGCCACAGAGAGUGAGAUGACGUUCUUUAAUGUGUCUCCCUCCGACCUGACCUCCAAAUACAACGUGAAGUCUGGAACACUUGUCCGUCUGCUGUUUGAAAUGGCCCGGCAUUAUGCACCGACAAUCAUAUUCAUUCACAUGAUCGAUUUAGGAGCCUCCAAGGAGCACGAGGUCACAACACAACUACUACAGAUGGACGGUGAUGGAGCACUGGAGAGUGACGACCCCUCCAAGAGGGUGAUGGUCCUCGCUGCCACCAACUGCCCCUGGGACAUUGAUCAGGCGUUACUCCUCCGCCUGGAGAAGAGGAUCUACAUCCCCCUGCCCACAGCUGUGGGUCGUCGAGCUCUUCUCGACAUCCAACUGAGGGAGGUGACUUUGGCUGCUGACAUGAACCUGGAUGUGGUCGUUGAGAAGACGGAGGGCUACUCUGGAGCAGACGUCAGCAGCGUCUGCAGGGAAGCGUCCGUGAGGGCCAUGAGUCUUCUAACCAGAGGCCUGAGCAUCGCUCAGAUCGAGGCCCUGUCCAUCAACUAUCUGCAAAGGCCUGUGACCAUGGAGGACUUCACCUUCGCGCUGCAGAGUGUCUGCAAAUCCGUCACUUCUUUCGAGCUCAAAAGAUACGAAUUCUGGAUGGCUGAGUUUGGGGGGAAAUAGAGGAUGGCACCAUUUCGACGCAGAGGGACCGGAACCUCUCUCUCUCUCUCUCUCUCUCUCUCUCUCUCUCUCUCUUUCUCUCUGCCCCCGUUCAUUUACAUGUUGCGAACUCGUCGUGGAAACUUGAUAAAAAUUCGCAGAGAGAAAUAAAUGUGUUGACAAAGA